GGAGCUGACUUUAAAACCAGUGGGCAAGACACAGCGCUCUCAGUGUAGGGAGAAACAGGGACGAGAUGUAGUAGGAAACUUGGUUUCUAUGAAAUUUAGUAAUAUUUACAAAAUAACAUAAAGAAACUUCACAAUCCCUCUUAAGUUAAGAGUCUGCCCCAAGGAUUUUUAGAUUUAUUUCAGUUUAUUGAAGGGCAUCUACACUCACUAUUCUGACACUUUUGUAAAGAUGUGUGAGGCAGUUAGUUAGCAAGCUAGCUAGCUAAGGCGGCAGGAGGAGAACAAAAGAUUUUUUCAGUUUUGACCGGUUGCACUGACACCAAGUCCAUGCAGAACGUGUCAUCACCAACACAAUGCCCGUGUUACUUUUUCUGAUAGACACGUCCGCGUCAAUGAACCAGCGCACCCAUCUGGGCACUACCUAUCUGGACAUUGCAAAAGGCGCUGUUGAGACUUUCAUGAAGGUACUGUAACCCCGAGACGAGCAGCCCUGGAAGACCCCCACGCGGGAUCGCCGUUUUGAUCAUCGUGUGUUUAAAGUUGCUAACUAACCCUGACAAAAAAUAAUCGCUCGAUAACCGUUUAUCGUUUAUUCUUUCCACAGCUUAGAGGCAGAGAUCCGGCGAGCCGAGGGGACCGGUAUAUGUUGAUAAAUUUUGAGGACGUUCCCCUCGGAAUCAAGGUAGAGUUUAUUUUCGGUCAUGUCCUACUUUACAUUACGCAGCUAGUCUGAUUGUCUUCUCACAUUUCGAUCACCAUAUCAAUUGUGUGAAAAAUCUUCAGACGGAGCGUUCAUACCCCCUUUAAAACAUGGCCGACAUUUUGUUUCAAUGUGAGCACGGAGCAGCAUCAGAGAGGAAUAGGCGAAGCGAGAGGUUUCACUCUCGCCAAAAAAAUCUGUCCAAAAUAAGCCCAAUGCGUUUACAUGGGCUUAUUUUGGACAUAAACUUGUCGCUUGCGUUCCCGCCUUUGGGACAACGACUCCGAUUGUUAGGGCGGAGACAUGACCAUCUCGUCAUUAUAUACAGAUCUCUGGCAACAUGGAACUCUGGGUGAUUUUUAGGCUUCACAACUAGAUAGUGGGGAGGUGGUGUCAGGGUUGCUAACUCACCACUUUGACCAACUGUCACUUUUGUCUCUACUUUAAAUCGUUAUUAGUUUACCAUUUUUGUUUCUAUGGAUAGUUUUGUGGUUCAGCUGAUACAGUAGUAGGGAAUAAGCUGUCUUAUUUGUUGACAAUAUUUCAAAGGCAAAAAAAGAAAAAGAAAAAGAAUUCACAUACUUUGAGAUGUUUAUCAAGUUAAUUACAUUGUAAAAGUGUAUUAAUUGAUCUGAUCUUAGAAAUCGUCGACGUUGUCAGACAAAAAUAUAAACCCACUUUGUAGCUCAAUUGGUAGAGCAUGGUGCUUGUAACGCCAGGGUAGUGGGUUCGAUCCCCGGGACCACCCAUACGUAAAAAUGUAUGCACACAUGACUGUAAGUCGCUUUGGAUAAAAGCGUCUGCUAAAUGGCUUAUUAUUAUUAUUGUUCCAUGCGUGUUGUUGAUGACAACUUGUAUACCUCUUACCCUAUUUCAAAAGGCUGGAUGGAAAGAGAGCCAUGCCACAUUCAUGACGGAGUUGAGGAACCUUCAAGCAGCAGGACUCACAACUAUUGGCCAGUCUUUGAGGACCGCUUUUGAUUUGCUCAAUCUCAAUAGAUUAGUGUCUGGGAUAGACAACUAUGGACAGGUAUGUUGUACUCCGAGAUAGGAGAGAAUUGGUUAACUUUUUUUCCCCUCUAGGGUCCCCCAUCUUUUGUCCCCACCCCGCCAAUCUCACAGUCUUACAAGCAUCACACUCCUGUACAUUGUCCCCACACACUCCCCUUGAGUGACAAGUGAUGAACCAACAGUGUGGUAGGAGUUUCAACAAUUUAUUUUUUUACUAGUAUUAAUGUACCGGUUUUGACUUUUUUUUUUUUUGACGGGACUGCUGUUUUGCUCCUGUACCCAAUGGUAAGGCAUUUCAUCCAAAGUAACACGUCACAAUGAACUUCCUUUAUCUCUCCUGUUUGUAUAAAAGAGAAAUGGAUAGGCAAUCGUUUUAAAGUUGGCGUGUUAAUUAGAAAUGGGUUCUCUCUAAACUGAAACAUGAGGGGGGAGGAGAGAGAAUCUAGAACAGGGGUAUUCAAAUCCUACCCUAUGAGGUCCGGACUACUGCUGGUUUUCUUCUCUAUCUGAUGAUUAAUUGCACCCACAUGUUAUCCCAGAUUUAAAUCACCCUGAUUAGUGGAAGAAUGAGAGGAGGAGGGGGGAGCAGUGGAACUGGCUUUGAGGUCCAUAUUUGAAUUUGAGGGAUCUAGAAUACGUCAGGUGCAGUAUACAGGCAGAGGAGAUGGAGUAAGACUUUGAUAUAUGUGGCCCUAGACUAGUAUUCUGGCCCUAGACUAGUAUUCUGGCCCUAGGCCCUAGACUUGUAUCCUGGCCCUAGACUAGUAUUCUGGCCCUAGGCCCUAGACUAGUAUUCUGGCCCUAGGCCCUAGACUAGUAUUCUGGCCCUAGGCCCUAGACUAGUAUUCUGGCCCUAGGCCCUAGACUAGUAUUCUGGCCCUAGGCCCUAGACUAGUAUCCUGGCCCUAGACCAGGGUUCUUCAAUUCCGGUCCUGGAGGGCCGAAACACUUCUGUUUUUUAUUUCUACCUGGUAGUUAAUUGCACUCACCUGGUGUUCCAGGUCUGAAUUAGCCCCUGAUUAGAAGGAGAGGAUGAAAAACAGAGGUGUUUCGGCCCUCCAGGACCGGAAUUGAAGAACCCUGCCCUAGACUAUCAUCCUGGACCUAGACGAGUAUCAGUGAUCAGCUCAACAGAACAGCGCUGAGGAAAUAGUCCAGUAGUCCUCUCCUGAUCCGGCCUCUAGAGAGCGGUUUCUGCCAUGUUAGCCGCUCGUCUUUUGUUCCUCUCUCUGAUAACCUUGUUAGUGAUGGAGAUGAGGAUACCCACCUACUGGGUGGGACUAUUUGUUUCGUCCUCUGUGAUUUCCGCUGGCUGUCUACCUGCUAUAUCCAUAGUAAACAGCAGUCAACAGUCUCUGCUUUCACGUACAUGACAUUGUAGGGCAAUGUCGACUAUUGUGACAUACUGUAUCUAUGGGUCAACAAACGGAUACUUAAAAAAACAAACAUAAUCUCCCUAAUAUUACAGUGCUAUACUAUAGCGUACAGGAUCAUUAUUUGCCAGUUAAGAGAUAAUGGUCUUCAGGUAAGUUGUCAGGAGGCUGAUUGACUGUAUAAAUGUUUAACCAGCGUCUCCUGAGACAGGGAAGACGUCCGCCUGUACCUUCAAGAGUAAUGCAUACAUACUACAUACAUAAUGCAUGUAGAACGCUCUCUCUGUGUUCAAAGACCUCUAUCGCCCCAGCAGACAGGCAUAUGUAGGUACAGCCUGUACAUGCACACACACACACACACAUCAUCCACACACACGCACACAGAAACAUACAAACACAUGAGGGCAAUCUUAUUUUGGUGAUCCAAUCUUUCCUCUUGAUCAGUUGACGUAGGGUUCCAUUUGAGAAUGCGUCACAGCCGCACCUUUUAGUUCCAGUGUUUAGGUGUGGCCGCACCCUGCUUGGUCUCCGCCCUCUCCCCAUGCCUUUGAUAGAAUCCUCAGACCUUGGUUUGGGUCUUGUGCUCAUCUCCUUUCCUUCAUCUGCACUGAUAUAGUAGAGCUGGACUGGUGAAAUCACUUUCCUGGUAGGGAUCCACCACAUUGCUUUCACCUAUCCUGUCAAUUCAAAUGAGUGUAAAUGAGGUAGAGGAGAGGAUGUCAGUUUUAGACUAUUGAGAUGCAUCCCUGGUAUCUGGUAUGACCACAUGGGCUGCUAUAACCAAGACCUCAUGUUUUGUUUUUUUGCCUGGAGGAAGAACCUUGUUCCUGGAGAGCUACCCUCCUGUAGGUUUUCACUCCAACCCUGUUCCUGGAGAGCUAUCCUCCUGUAGGUUUUCACUCCAACCCUGUUCCUGGAGAGCUACCCUCCUGUAGGUUUUCACUCUAACCCUGUUCCUGGAGAGCUACCCUCCUGUAGGUUUUCACUCCAACCCUGUUCCUGGAGAGCUACCCUCCUGUAGUUUUUCACUCCAACCCUGUUCCUGGAGAGCUACCCUCCUGUAGGUUUUCACUCCUACCCUGUUCCUGUAGAGCUACCCUCCUGUAGGUUUUUGCUCCAAUCCCAAUUGUAACUAAUGCUGUGUUCAUAACCAAGUGGGAAGGUGUUAUUUAUCACAUACAACUGUGAAAAAUAAACUUGUAAUUACUAGUGGGAAACUCCUCUCAUUCCCUUAGCUCUGACUUCUCCCACAUGCUGUCCUCUGACAUCAUCUACUAAGGAAAUUACCUCUAACAGCAUUUUUGGAAGUUAAAUGUAACAACAAUGUUAUUUAUGUAUGUAUUAAUAUGGUUUUUAAACACAUUUGUUUACAAUCAUGAUAGUUGUACUUUUAGUUUGUUUAAAGCAGCUUGUUGGCCAUUAGCAAACUGGCGUUUCUCAACGAGUUCAAAGCAUGUGAAUGUAUCCAACUGCUAUUCAUGCCUUCACAACUGGUAAUUACCACCUUUCCAUUUGGUUAUAAACACAGCAUUACCUGACACAGCUUAUCCACCAGCAAAGUUUUUGGAUCUGGUGCGCUACAUUAGGGUUGGAGCGAAAACAUACAGGAGGGUAGCUCUCCAGGAACAGGGUUGGAGUUAACCUACAGGACGGCAGCUCUCCAGGAACAGGGUUGGAGUUAACCUACAGGACGGCAGCUCUCCAGGAACAGGGUUGGAGUUAACCUACAGGACGGCAGCUCUCCAGGAACAGGGUUGGAGUUAACACCUUCAGGAAGGUAGCUCUCCAGGAACAGGGUUGGAGUUAACCUUCACGACGGCAGCUCUCCAGGAACAGGGUUGGAGUUAACACCUUCAGGAAGGUAGCUCUCCAGGAACAGGGUUGGAGUUAACCUUCAGGACGGCAGCUCUCCAGGAACAGGGUUGGAGAGCCCUGCUGCAGGGAGAAUAAAACAUAUCUGCCAGGUUACCUACAUGUCUACAGCUUGAAGUCUUUUAAAGCUCUUUUAGCCAGUGAGGUUUUUAUGUAAUGCCUCAUAGUGCUCCAUAAUAGAGCCGGGUGGAAUGUCACUAGUAGCCAGUUAGUCACUCGUAGUUAACGAUGCUGAAUUAGGUGUGAGCACUAUGUCUGAAUCCCAAAUGGCACCCUAUGCACUAUUUAGUGCACUACCAUUGACCAGAGCCCAUAGGGCUGGUUUGACUGACUGACUGGUUCGGCAGACCGCACAACAUGGCAACCCAGCUAAUAGAGAUCUAAUUACCUCUUGUCUGUCUAUAUUUUAGCAGACUUGGCAACGUGCCACAGACUCACUCCCAGCCUACUGAUCACAGGGAUACACUAUACCAUUCACACCUGCCCUAUCAGGCCAGUGGAUCAGAUUAGUCAUACUGAAGUGUAGACGUGUCACGCUGAAGCCGUUUCUAUGUUGUGUAAAGCAAUAAUGACACAGUGACUCAAAUGAGGAUCUGAGUAAAUAUGUAGCUUCGCUAUCAUUCUCGUUCUGUUAAUGUUUGUUGUUUUCUAAUGUUUCUAAUCGAUAUAAGCCUAUGUCCCCCCUGCAGGGUUUUCUCUGGCUGGUAGUUCAUAUUGAGAAAGAUUAGCAUGCUAAGUGGGUGUUGACUAGAAUAGGAUAUCAUUAGUACCAUUCUGAAAGACAACUCCAGGUUGUCAUGGAUACCCUAGUCAGUCUGUAUAUGUGGGUAUGUUUUCUUUAUUCUGUUUACGGAACUCCCAAUUUUAUUACUCAGCAAAAACCACUCUGGUCACAAUGAAAAGUUGGAAGGGAACCGAUCUGUGUCCGUUGAUAGGAACGGUCACCAGUGGGGAAAGUACUGUAAACCUUGAGGAGAGGUAAAUUCCUGGACAUAUGUAGCUCUUUUGAGAGAGAGAGAGAGAGCGAGAGUGUCAGGACAGCAGUGAGCUGUUAUAGCUUGGUAGAGACCAUCUUUACCACAGGAUAGUUGGCUGUGUUGUCCUCAGGCUAGUGUUUACCGUAAUGUACACUAAGAGGAGGGAGGAUAUAACUGAUGUCUCCCUCUGGUCUCUAGAGCCAGAAUGAUUAUACAGUACCUAUGCUAUAGGCUAUAUGCCUGUGAAGUUUGCUACGAUGAAGGAGAGUGAUUCUCUACAUGCGUCAACCAAUGUUGCAAAGUCAGUGUUAUGUGUGUGUGCAAGGUAGAGUGGUUUUAUGUAAUGUGUAGGUUUGACUGGAGAGUACAGACAAAGAUAUGAGUCUUUUUGUUUUUGUCAAGUGUUGGUGCAGUCUCUGCUGCUCUGUCCCUGCAGACCGUCUUCAUACUGUGUUCUCUCCCUCCCCUGAUGCUCAUUACCCCCCCCACCCCUAUCCACUGUUACCCCAAGGAGUAGAUGUUGUUCUCUGUCAGUCUUUCUCACUCACCCCCCCCCCCCCCCCCCCCCAUUCUGUUCCUUGACCCUCCUAACCCAUAUCUCCAUUAGGUUAACUAUAAUGAUAGGCUACAUCUGAAUUAGCACCCUAUUUCCUAUAUAGUGCACUACUUUUGACCUGGGCGCCAUAGGGUUCUGGUUAAUAGUAGUACACUAUAAAGGGAACAGGGUGCCAUUUCAGAUGUGGCCGUGCUCCAUGUGCUCCUGUUGGUGUUACAGCGCCAGGCCUCAAGUACCCCUCAUCACCGCUCGGCUCACAAAGCUUCAUUUGAACUUUACAUUUUGGCUACGCUCACGUUUCCUUUGAGUUGGAUGUAAUUGCAUCUAUCUGUACUGUCUGUCAUUUUUAACCUCUUCUUCCUUUCGCUCUCCUUUCACAGGGCAGGAAUCCCUUUUUCCUGGAGCCGUCCAUCAUAGUGGCCAUCACCGACGGCAACAAGCUGACCAGCAGUGGCGGAGUCCAGGAUGAGGUCAGUCAUCAUGGUUUCCAUGGAGACCGGGGUCACAGCCAAUCAGGAGUACUUCCUGUUGGUCAGCUGAACAGACAACUCUCUCUCUCUCUCUCUCUCUGUGUGUCUCUGUUUGUCUGUGAAGCACCACCGCAAAGUGUUAUAUUUUACAGCGAAUGCUGCAGAAGAAGCAAACUCCUUCGUAAACGACUCUUCAGUCUGCACGCGCACCCCCAGGCUGGCUGGUGCGCACACGGCUGGCUGGUGCACACACGGCUGGCUGGUGCACACACGGCUGGCUGGUGCACACACGGCUGGCUGGUGCACCCCGGCUGGCUCGUUAAACCUGUCUGAAAACACCCUAUACUAUCUUUGUCUAUAAAAAAAUGAUCUGAGCUGCAUGAGAUUGAACAAGUCACAGGAAGCUUUCGUUGCCUUCCUAGAAGACAGAAUAAAACAGGGUUGGGUGGAUUACUUGAAACAUUUACUAGCCUGAUCCGUAAGCCUGCUAAUGUUUUUAUUAAUACAUUUAAAUUGUCAAUAGCCUAUAGGUAACAACUUAUUUCGGUUCCUUUAUUUUAACCAGGUAAUUCAUUUUCUUUGAAUUUGCUUUAGAAUGUAAUUAUCAAUAAUACAACUAAGCCUAAGAUAUAUAUUUUAAAUUAGACUCCAAAAAAGCAUUUGUUGGAUAGGAAUAGACUAUAUAUUAGAGAUUCUGCACAGCGGCUUGUUCUGGCCGAUCCCCUCCUACUUGUCAGCAACACAGUAAAUCUCUCCAUUGAUUGGAGGAGUAUUAGGCUACUAGAGAUUGGCACUAAUAUGUGAUGCCUGACUAUAGCUUAUUAAUAGGCUACCAGUAGCAUUUUUUCGAUAUGAAAAGAACACUGAAUGUGACUGACCUGCUUGGCCAUGGAAACCCAUUUAUUUCAUGAAGCUCCCGACAAACAGUUAUUGUGCUGACUUUGCUUCCACAGGCAGUUUGGAACUCGGUAGUGAGUGUUGCAACCGAGGACGGAUGGGUUUUUACACGCUACGCGCUUCAGCACUCGGGUGUCCCGUUCUGUGAGCUUGUGUGGCCUACCACUUCGCGGCUGAGCCGUUGUUGCUCCGAGACGUUUCCACUUCACAAUAACAGCACUUACAGUUGACCGAGGCAGCUCUAGCAGGGCAGAGAUUUUACGAACUGACUUGUUGGAAAGGUGGCAUCCUAGGACGGUGCUACGUUGAAAGUUACUGAGCUUUUCAGUACGUGCAAUUCUACUGCCAGUGUUUGUCUAUGGAGAUUGCAUGGCUGUGUGCUCGAUUUUAUACACCUGUCAGCAACGGGUGUGGCUGAAAUAGCCGAAUCCACUAAUUUGAAGGGGUGUCCACAUACUAGUGUACCUUUUGUUCAGCAGAAUUUUUUGAACUGAACACCGUAGCUUUGUGUAGACUGUGAAAUCACUGUGGAGAGCCUCUAAUGAAAAGGCUGACGUGAGCUGCUGAACAGCACAUUUGCACUUGAAAUGCAUUUAUGGGAUGAGAAAGUGAACUUGCAAUUUCCCCGAAAAAAGUUUUCAAUGUAGGCCAUUCAUAUGAAAUAUGGGGGAGUUUUUAAGCCUCAAUUUAUAAAAAUCAGGUCUUGUUUUCUUGCUCUAGCUGCGAGCAGCACCUGUCAAACUCUGUCUCGGAAAACACUGUCAUUGCCCACAAGACUCGUCAGAGUUAUCAGAGGACUUGGAGUUUGGUAAAACACGGUUAUUCUGGCUGGAAUUGUUACUGUCCCGCAGCACUGAUGUCAAUUAAUAAAUGUCAAUAAUAAUUAAUGGAUUUAAUAAUAAUCGAAGUAAUAAGAAAGCUGAUUAAUUGUGCGUGUGACUUGGUGGGAGCCGAGUAAUAGCUUGACAUGCAGUCCCUUUUAAUAAGAUGCUAUUGUUACUUUGUCUCUAAAAUCACAAUGUUUUCACAUGAACAGUAUAACUGAUCAGAUUUCUGUAGGCCUUCAGAAAGUAUUGUUACAGCCUGAAUUUAAAAUGGAUUCAAUUGAGAUGUUUUGUCACUGGUCUACACACUACCCCAUAAUAUCAGUGGUAUUAUGUACAAAAAUUUAACUAUUUUUUAUUUAUUUAUCUGAAAUGUCUUAAGUCAAUAAAUAUUCAACGCCUUUGUUAUGGCAGGCCUAAAUAAGUUCAGGAGUAGAAAUGUGCUUUGCAAGUCACAUGAAUAACUUGCAUGGACUCGCUCUGUGUGCAAUAGUAGUGUUUAACUUGAUUUUUGAAUGACUACCUCAUCUCUGUACCCAACACAUACAAUUAUCUGUAAGGUCCCUCAGUCGAGCAGUUAAUUUCAAACCGAUUCAACCACAAAGACCAGGGAGGUUUUUCAAAGCCUCGCAAAGAACGGGACCUACUGGUAGAUGGGUAAAAUAAAAAUAACUGACGUGGAAUAUCCCUUUGAGCAUGGUGAAGUUAUUAAUUACACUUUGGAUGGUGUAUCAAUACACCCAGUCACUACAAAGAUACAGGCGUCCUUCCUAACUCAGUUGCCAGAGAGGAAGGAAACCGCUCAGGGAUUUCACCAUGAGGCCAAUGGUGACUUUAAAAAAAACAGAGUUUAAUGGCUGAGGUUGGAUCAACAACAUUGUAGUUACUCCACAAUACUAACCUAAAUGACAGAGUGAAAAGAAGGAAGUCUGUAGAGAAUACAAAUAUUCCAAAACAUGCUUCCUGUUUGCAACAAGGCACUAAAGUAAAACUGCAAAAAAUGUGGCAAAGCAAUACAUUUUCUGUCCUGAAUACAAAGCGUUAUGUUAGGGACAAAUCCGAUACAACACAUUACUGAGUACCACUCUCCAUAUUUUCAAGCAUAGUGGUGGCUGCGUCAUGUUAUGCUUGUAAUCAUUAAGGACUAGGGAGUUUUUCAGGAUAAAAAAUUAACGGAAUUGAGCUAAGCACAGGCAAAAUCUUAGAGGAAAACCUGGUUCAAUUUGCUUUCCACCAGACACUGGGAGAUGAAUUCACCUUUCAGCAGGACAAUAACCUAAAACACAAGGCCAAAUCUACACUGGAGUUGUUCACCAAGACGACAGUGAAUGUUCCUGAGUGGCCGAGUUACAGUUUUGAUUUAAAUCUGCUUGAAAAUCUAUGGCAAGACCAGAAAAUGGUUGUCUAGCAAUGAUCAACAACCAAAUUGACAGCUUGAAUAUUUUGUUUUUUACAAUCACGUAUUGUACAAUCCAGGAGUGAUAAAGAAAUACUCAUCGCUGUAAAACUUGCCAAAGGUGACUCGAACAUGUAUUGACUCAGGGGUGUGAAUACUUAUGUAAAUGAGAUUUCUGUAUUUCAUUUUCCAAUAUAUAUAUAUAUAUUUUUCCACUUUUCCAUUAUGGGGUAUUGUGUGUAGAUGCUGAGAAAAGUAAUAUAUGUAAUCCAUUUUGAAUUCAGGCUGUAACACAACAAUGUGUAUAAGACAAGGGGUAUGAAUACUUUCUGAAGGCUCUGUGUAUAAAAUGUUCUGCCCAUAUGAAUGCAUUUAUUUUAGGCCCCCCCCCAAAAAAACAGCCAUACAUGAUAUAAUGAAAAGCAGCAAACAUACACAUUGUUUCACAUUCUUUAAUAACUGACUCAUAAACACAAACAUGCAAUGGAGCCCCACAGUGGACAUGAUACCCAUAAAACCUAGCUGUCAAACACUGGAAUGGUUCCAAUCAUUUUUUCCACCCAUACGUUUUUCCCAUAGGGGAUUUUAGAACCACUUCAAACAAGGUCUGUUUCAUGUUGGCUUUCCCUGGCGUGACGUUUUGAUAACCGCGUAAAUCCCUCUGACAAGGUGACUUUUUUUUAAAUCAAUAUAUUAGGUUCUAUUUACUCUCAGAUUCUAAAAUGCUAAUUAGCACCAAGUAGACGAGACUACAAAUCCCUGCAAGCUCAUGCACGUCAUCUCUAGCUGACACGUUUGCGGUCAGCUAGCUAGCUACUAGCUACCUUGAUCCAAAGUGAAAGAUAUAUUGAACAUUUUCCUUUACUGUUCCAUAUUUUAUUUAACUAAUAUUUUGUCUUAUUUAUGCAUUUGUUCUUGUCUUGUACAGAAUACUAUCCUAGAAGCAGUCAGAUAUUUACUAUGUGCAAUGAAUACUAGGCUAGUUUUUAGCAAAGAAGCUAUAUAGCUAGCUAGCUACCUACCUAGAUGAUAUUAGCAACAUACCCUUAUUUUACCAGAUCCUCUUCUCCUUCAGCCGGUGGUCUAUAUUUAAUCCCUUAUUUCUGCCGACUAUAUGAACGAGGUGAAAUCUAUUUCAAUUCACGGUGUCAGAAUGCACUGCUGUAUUAAAGCAAUUCAGAACUAACUUGUUGACAUGUUCUGUUGCAGAUUCAUAGAGACCGAUUUAACUCAUUGCAGAAUGUAUCCAUAAUCAUGAAGGAAUAAGCAUAUUUAUUUGACAAGAAUGCACCUAGUCACCCAUCAAUCACAUCAAACACCUGAACUCCAACAAUUACAUUGUUUUAAAGAAAUCAAAAUUCUAAACGAUGCAUAACAUAUAAACAUCUGACUUGAAGUAAAGAUGACAUGUUCUAUUAAUCAAUGCCACAAACCUGGGACAUCGAAGAGCACCAUAUUAACUAUUAUUACUGUCCGAGAGCUUUUCCAUUUGUAAGAAUUAGACCAGCAAAAAUAACACAAUGUAAAACCAAGUUCACGUGCUAGUCGGAACUAAGAAACAGAAAUUCCCGACUUGCUAACUGGUUGAAUGCGGCACCUGUAUAACGACAACCAGUUAGCAAGUAGGUUUCAAAUAAUAUACUAGGUCAACUCCAGUAGAACGAGAGACACACUUAAGUCUCAAAAUAAGGAAGCCAUGCCGAAACGCAUCUAGAUCGUCACCCUUCUUGUCAAUUUAAUAGGUCCGUGUUGUACACCACAACACUUUUAAAAUGUGAUACUGAGUCUUGACGUUAUCACGUCAAGAGAAGAACAUGUGGAGGAAGCAGCGUAAGGAAGAUGGGUGACGGUAGGGUGGGUUUAUAGAGAUAAGAUGGAGAGUUCCAAAGUGUCCGAAGUUGAGGGACCGUGGGGCAUAAAAGGCAGUGUGGCGUAAGGGGUAGCUAGACUGCUACAGGGGUGGUUGGCCAUGGAAUAAACAUAAAAUGGGGGUGCUUGAAGUAGGCUACCCCCCCCCACCGCUCACCCACAGACACAAACAUUAUCAAGAACACCUAGCUUCACCAUCUUAAGUUAGUUAACUAGCAAGUUAAACUGUUGGUUUAUAAAAGCCAAAGAAAGCUAAACUUGUUUUUUACUAAUUUCUCAUGCAUUUAAAUGGCUAGACAAAUAGACUGCUAAUGUAGCCAUCUAGCCAGGCUAAUGUUGCUAACUAGCUAGCUAGGUAACAGUUAUUGUAUACAUUUAAAACUUGCCCAAGCAGAAUUGUCAAUUUAAACAAAUUUAGCCAAUUUAUUAAUUACUAAAUUUAGCAAACAUUAGAUAGUUAAUCCAUAGAUUCUUACCUUUACCUCUUCGUCAGUCUCGUCCAGAUCAUCAUGGCCCUGGUGAGUGACGUGAAGCUUCAGACAGGCAUUUCUAGUUCUGUGUGAUAGCCACUUUAGCAGCUAGUUAGCAUUUCCAUUUUGGACCCUGACCACUCCUCUGGGGGGGUAAAUACUGCUACUACUGGGUAAAUACAGGCCAAUAUAUUGAUAAAAGUCACCUUGUCCGAGAGAGAUUUGCACGGUUAUCAAAACGUCACACCAGGGUAAGCCUACACGAAACACAGCCCUUUAUUUGAAGUGUUUCUAUAUAAAAAACGAUGGGAAAAAUGAAUGGUGGAAAAACCAUUUCCGUGUUUGACCCCUAUGGUUUUAUGGGUAUUACGGUGGGACUCUAUAGGCUACAGCUGUUUCCCACCAUAAUACAGGGAAACUCGAGGCUAUGGACGCGGUGGCAGCGUUGGACCCUCGCUGACGUGUGUUGCGCGACAAAAAGUAGUGUAAUAUGCUGACUACCCCCCCGCCAUCACGCAUGUUGGUUUUGUCCAUCCACACCAGAUGCGAUCAUGACACGCAGGUUAAAAUAUCAAAACCAACUAACUUGGGGGCAUGUCAAACACACAUGAAACAUUUGGGCUCCCGAGUGGCGCAGCGGUCUAAGGCACUGCAUCUCAGUGCUUGAGGCGUCACUACAGACCCCCUGGUUUGAUUCCAGGCUGUAUCACAACCAGGGGCGGCCUGUUCAAUAGGGCGAUAUGGGCGACGCACUGCCAAACGGGAAAAGGAAGGGAUUUUUUUUCUAAUCAAUUAUAUCACGGCAACAGUAGUUAUCAGUGUUGUAAGCUAUACGUCUGAUCUGCCACAGUGCCACACUGCCACUAAAUGUCGAAUCAGGCUAAAGUCGUGCUUCAAAUGGCUCCCCCCCCUUUUGGGGCGAUUUCAGUCAGGUUGAAAAUCGCCCAGAAGUCUGUCAUAGACUCCCAUGUAAAAUCUAUUUUUUUCAAAUUUCAGAGCCUUCAAUACAAUCUCAAUGGGUGUCUGUGGGCUUGCACUUACGCGCUUUCGUCAUACGUUACGUAACCAUGAACGUAACUGAGAAAAGAGCGGAUUGUUUGAAAGAAGUUCCUUUUUGUCGGCGAACAAAUGAAGAUAAAUUGGCAACGAAACAAUUAGGACCUCCCAGACCAAAUUUAAUAAUUCAACAGGUUUCUACUAAAGGCGGAAAGUCCUACACCCGAGGAUUUUCCAAAAAUUUGUACGAACGAAAAAAGACAUUGCCACUCACUCAACUGGAUGACGAGGGAUACAGGCUAGCUGUCCGCCGCCACAACGAUGAGGUUAGUGUUGAUAAUCACAAGUUUACUGGAACUGAGACCAAGUAGAGACUUUGGACAGGGUGGAUAUGGUAAUAAAGGCAGUUUAUUCAGAGGUAAAGAUAUCUGGAAUCGCGUUCACGGACCCGUUCGUCAAACUCUUAGGGAGCUAUAAAUUAAGCCCCAUUACUUACCAUAUCAGAUAAGAGAAAUUGCUGCAGCUACAUAUAUUUUACAUCCUGGCCCUACAUAGUUCACUAUUUGCAUCACUUACCAAAAUAUUACAUGUGGUCAUAUAUGCUUGGAAAGUGGAGAUGCCAUAGAACGUCAAAAAAGUAAACAUUGCUGGAGACACAUUGCCGUUUUGGAGAAGACAUCGCGUUUGCUAGCGAAGAGAUUUGUUGUGGCAAAUGAACUUGGGCUGGGAAUUGCCAGGAACCUCACGAUAAGAUAUAUGCAUCAGCAUUGCGAGUCUCAUGAUUCUAUACGUAUUGCGAUUCGAUACUGUGAUUUUAUUGCGCACCAUAUGUCUGUUGCAGAGGGAUCAGAAAGCCAUGAGAACGAGUUUUUGAUCAGUCAUGGAAAUAAAAGUGCUGAAAACAAAUUGGCUCCCAAUGUGAAAAGAUUGAGAACAAGCUAUGAAGGAACAAUAAUGGUGUUUUGGUGCAGGUACAGCCAACUAGCGCUAAAAUAUUGCGAUAUUGUCAAUACAGUAUAUCGUAAAGUAUCACUAUGUAACUCGAUUUCUUUCACCCCAAUCCCUCAAAUUAACGGUAAAUAACUGAAUUGUUUGCCCCACAUUUAGCUAAGAUGAUUAGCUAGCCAGCUAAAAUGUUUUAUUUAGUUAGCAGUCGCAUCUACAAUAGUUUACUGUCAAUAACAUGUCUCCAAAAAUGACGUGGUGUCUCCAAUUGUGUUGACAUUUUACAAUUGCAAUGCGCAUCCAUGAGUAUCCACUUUCUGUAGCUCAGCUGGUAGAGCAUGGUGCUUGUAACGCCAAGGUAGUGGGUUCGAUCCCCGGGACCACCCAUACACAAAAAUGUAUGCACGCAUGACUGUAAGUCGCUUUGGAUAAAAGCGUCUGCUAAAUGGCAUAUUAUUAUUAUUAUUAUUAUUAUUAUUAUUAUUAUUAUUAUCUGAAGAGAGCCCCGAAACAUUGUGUGCAGACAUUUUAUGCAAUAAAUGAAGUAGGUUGAAUCUAGUAGUUCUGAUCUUCUGAUUGGUCCUGAUGAGUUGGGCGAGGUCCCCUCCAGGCUACUGUCACUGUUGCAUUGGCUCUGAGUCGGGUUCUCUGUCUUCAAAUGUUCAGCCUAAGAGAGGGGAUUUUUGUGUGUGUGUGUGUGUGUGUUUAACAGUGAUGAUGUGUGUGUGUGUGUGUCCUCAGAGCAAGAACUCGUGAGUUGGAAGAACUGAGAGGCCUAUGGCGUGGGUGUUGUCCUUGGCCACCUGCUGACAAGGCUGACAAGAUAGGACCCUUUUGUCCAUUGUUAUUGGAUAGGAACAGAACUUAUAACCAGCUCCUGACCUAAAUAGAUCUUAGCACAACAUUUUACUCAACAUAUCAUAUUCCAUAUUCACUAUAACAAAUAUAUUUACUACGACAUUAGCAAGAACCGCCACAUCCUCAGCCGGCUAAUCCAGUGUGUGAAGUUUUGCGGAGUGUUUGAGUUAGCUUUGCGAGGCAAAGAUGAAACUGAGGGCUCCACCAACCCUGGUAAGCCAACACUUUUGAGAUCAGUCAAUAAAUGCUUCUGGUAUUGACUUAUAUGCUGCCCCUGUCUUCAUGUUGUUGCUGGACAUAUCUUUUUUAAAAUGUGUGUAGGUCACCUAAAUCAUCAGAAAAAUUGCCCCUCCUGAGAAUUUUUUCAGGAGCCGCCACUGAUCACAACCGGACGUGAUUGGGAGUCCCAUAGGGCGGCGCACAAUUGGCCCAGCGUCGUCCGGGUUUGGCCGGUGUAGGCCGUCAUUGUAAAUAAUAAUUUGUUCUUAACUGACUUGCCUAGUUAAAUAAAGGUAAAAUUAAAAAUCAUGGACAUUUCGCUAGCUGGCUAUUGCUAGUUUCUAUGGGCCACUGUCAGACGGCAGCCAACUGGUGAAGGAAGGGCAGGGGGGGGAAAUGACAUGUCCUCCUAAAACUGCUUAUAACACACGCUGUUUAUGAUAUCGGAAUUCUAACAACGACAGUGUGUUGAAUAGACUUAUUUAGGAAAAGUCAAGGAUGGGGGGGGGGGACAUGACUUUGAAAAUUGUAAUUAACGUUAAAUUCAUAUGACCUCAAAUGAUGCUCUCUGAGUUGUUAGUUAGUUAUAUAUGAUUAAUAUCCCCUCGUUCAUCUUUCAACUACCCACGUGGGAUUGUAGGUUCCUGAAAACCAAUGAGUAGAUGGGAGAGGUUGGACUUGCAGCAAGUCAGGCACGUCAAAUAGGACCAAGUUCGAUUUUAGCGCUUGGCUUUGCAGACGCUCGCGAUCGUUUUUAGGUGACAUGAUUGAAUAACAUGUACAGGCAUGUGUAAAUGUAUUUUGUCAUGCAACGUGUCCGGUGAGGUUGGCAUGUAAGCGUCUCUCGCUCUUGAUGCUCUUUUUAUGUAAUUCAAACGGUUUCUCCCUCCAGCUCCACCUUCCGCUGACCACUCCUCUGCCGGGCAGUGAGCUGACCAAGGAGCCGUUCCGCUGGGACCAGCGUCUGUUCUCCCUGGUGCUGAGGAUCCCUGGGCACGCCACUGUAGAGCCCGAACCACUGGGGGGGGUCCCCCCCGACGACUCGGCCAUCACCCCCAUGUGUGAGGUCACCGGAGGUGAGGCGCUGUGUUUGUGUGUGUUACUGCCUCAGUGUCUAUGAGCCACCCGCCUUUAUGAGGGUAGAGUAUCAACGUUGAUCUGUCACAUGCACAGGAUACAGAGGGUGGAAAUGGCACUGUGAAAUGCUUACUUGCAAGCUCUUUCCUCAACAGUGCAGUGUCAAUAUACAUCAAUAAGUGUUCAAUCAGGAGUAGCUGAGUAGAGAACAUCAGGAGUAGCAGAGUAGAGAACAUCAGGAGUAGCUGAGUAGAGAACAUCAGGAGGAGCAGAGUAGAGAACAUCAGGAGUAGCUGAGUAGAGAACAUCAGGAGUAGCAGAGUAGAGAACAUCAGGAGUAGCAGAGUAGAGAACAUCAGGAGGAGCAGAGUAGAGAACAUCAGGAGGAGCAGAGUAGAGAACAUCAGGAGGAGCUGAGUAGAGAACAUCAGGAGGAGCUGAGUAGAGAACAUCAGGAGGAGCAGAGUAGAGAACAUCAGGAGGAGCUGAGUAGAGAACAUCAGGAGGAGCUGAGUAGAGAACAUCAGGAGGAGCAGAGUAGAGAACAUCAGGAGGAGCAGAGUAGAGAACAUCAGGAGGAGCUGAGUAGAGAACAUCAGGAGGAGCUGAGUAGAGAACAUCAGGAGGAGCAGAGUAGAGAACAUCAGGAGGAGCAGAGUAGAGAACAUCAGGAGGAGCAGAGUAGAGAACAUCAGGAGGAGCAGAGUAGAGAACAUCAGGAGGAGCAGAGUAGAGAACAUCAGGAGGAGCAGAGUAGAGAACAUCAGGAGGAGCAGAGUAGAGAACAUCAGGAGGAGCUGAUAGAGAACAUCAGGAGGAGCUGAGUAGAGAACAUCAGGAGGAGCUGAGUAGAGAACAUCAGGAGGAGCUGAGUAGAGAACAUCAGGAGGAGCAGAGUAGAGAACAUCAGGAGGAGCUGAGUAGAGAACAUCAGGAGUAGAGAACAUCUGGAGGAGCUGAGUAGAGAACAUCAGGAGUAGAGAACAUCUGGAGGAGCUGAGUAGAGAACAUCAGGAGGAGCUGAGUAGAGAACAUCAGGAGGAGCAGAGUAGAGAACAUCAGGAGGAGCUGAGUAGAGAACAUCAGGAGGAGCUGAGUAGAGAACAUCAGGAGGAGCAGAGUAGAGAACAUCAGGAGGAGCUGAGUAGAGAACAUCAGGAGGAGCUGAGUAGAGAACAUCAGGAGGAGCUGAGUAGAGAACAUCAGGAGGAGCUGAGUAGAGAACAUCAGGAGUAGCAGAGUAGAGAACAUCAGCAUGUGUCCAACACAACACACACGUACAGUAUGAGCAUACAGUAUGUGUUUAAGCCUCAACCUAAGCAUAAUAAUAGAAUUAAGCCAGCUGACUUCAUUUUCUAGAAUGAGCCAGCACCUCCUAGCCUAAGCCUACUUUGACCUACAGUGGAGCGGUGAUUGGCCAAUAGCCAAGGUGUGCUGUUGGCAUGUGAGUCCUGGUGAUAGUGCAGAUGGAGGUUAAGAUUACAGAGUCAGGCUUUCUGCUCAAUGUGUCAUUGGUCAGAUGGACAAUGGCUUCUGCUACUGUUACUACUGGGGGACUCUACAUACUGUUACUACUGGGGGACUCUACAAACUGUUACUACUGGGACUCUACAUACUGUUACUACUGGGGGACUCUACAUACUGUUACUACUGGGGGACUCUACAUACUGUUACUACUGGGACUCUACAUACUGUUACUACUGGGACUCUACAUACUGUUACUACUGGGGGACUCUACAUACUGUUACUACUGGGGGACUCUACAUACUGUUACUACUGGGGGACUCUACAUACUGUUACUACUGGGGGACUCUACAUACUGUUACUACUGGGGGACUCUACAUACUGUUACUACUGGGGGACUCUACAUACUGUUACUACUGGGGGACUCUACAUACUGUUACUACUGGGGGACUCUACAUACUGUUACUACUGGGGGACUCUACAUACUGUUACUACUGGGGGACUCUACAUACUGUUACUACUGGGGGACUCUACAUACUGUUACUACUGGGGGACUCUACAUACUGUUACUACUGGGGGACUCUACAUACUGUUACUACUGGGGGACUCUACAUACUGUUACUACUGGGGGACUCUACAUACUGUUACUACUGGGGGACUCUACAUACUGUUACUACUGGGGGACUCUACAUACUGUUACUGGGGGACUCUACAUACUGUUACUACUGGGGGACUCUACAUACUGUUACUACUGGGGGACUCUACAUACUGUUACUACUGGGGGACUCUACAUACUGUUACUACUGGGGGACUCUACAUACUGUUACUACUGGGGGACUCUACAUACUGUUUACUACUGGGGGACUCUACAUACUGUUACUACUGGGGGACUCUACAUACUGUUACUACUGGGGGACUCUACAUACUGUUACUACUGGGGGACUCUACAUACUGUUACUACUGGGGGACUCUACAUACUGUUACUACUGGGGGACUCUACAUACUGUUACUACUGGGGGACUCUACAUACUGUUACUACUGGGGGACUCUACAUACUGUUACUACUGGGGGACUCUACAUACUGUUACUACUGGGGGACUCUACAUACUGUUACUACUGGGACUCUACAUACUGUUACUACUGGGGGACUCUACAUACUGUUACUACUGGGGGACUCUACAUACUGUUACUACUGGGGGAUUCUACAUACUGUUACUACUGGGGGACUCUACAUACUGUUACUACUGGGGGACUCUACAUACUGUUACUACUGGGGGACUCUACAUACUGUUACUACUGGGACUCUACAUACUGUUACUACUGGGACUCUACAUACUGUUACUACUGGGGACUCUACAUACUUUUACUACUGGGGACUCUACAUACUGUUACUACUGGGGGACUCUACAUACUGUUACUACUGGGACUCUCACAUACUGUUACUACUGGACUCUACAUACUGUUACUACUGGGGGACUCUACAUACUGUUACUACUGGGGGAUUCUACAUACUGUUACUACUGGGGGACUCUACAUACUGUUACUACUGGGGGACUCUACAUACUGCCCAUUACUGCUGAUUAGAUUGGCUAUUGAGGGAUGUGUGUGUGUUUGUGUGUCCUGGUGACCUGCAACAAUGAGUCAGUCAUGGGUGAGUGCAUUUGAUCUAAUGUGUGUGUGUCUUUGUCUCAGGUCGCUCCUACAGUGUGUUCUCCCAGCGCAUGUUGAACCAGUGUCUGGAGUCUCUACUGCAGAAGAUCCAGAGUGGAGUGGUCAUCAACUUUGAGAAGACAGGCCCUGACCCCCCUCCUGGAGAGGGUGAGAGAGACACCCACUCCUUUAAUGAUCCCCCUAGCCCCUCCCUAUGAACCUUCCCCUAGCCUCUAGCCCCUCCCUAUGAACCUCCCUCUAGCCUCUAGCCCCUCCCUAUGAACCUUCCCCUAGCCUCUAGCCCCUCCCUAUGAACCUCCCCCUGGCCCCUCCCUAUGAACCUCCCCCUAGCCUCUAGCCCCUCCCUAUGAACCUUCCCCUAGCCUCUAGCCCCUCCCUUUGAACCUCCCCCUAGCCUCUAGCCCCUCCCUAUGAACCUCCCUCUAGCCUCUAGCCCCUCCCUAUGAACCUUCCCCUAGCCAUUAGCCCCUCCCUAUGAACCUCCCUCUAGCCUCUAGCCCCUCCCUAUGAACCUCCCUCUAGCCUCUAGCCCCUCCCUAUGAACCUUCCCCUAGCCUCUAGCCCCUCCCUAUGAACCUUCCCCUAGCCUCUAGCCCCUCCCUAUGAACCUCCCCCUAGCCUCUAGCCCCUCCCUAUGAAGCUCCCCCUAGCCCCUCCCUAUGAACCUUCCCCUAGCCUCUAGCCCCUCCCUAUGAACCUUCCUCUAGCCCCUCCCUAUGAACCUUCCUCUAGCCCCUCCCUAUGAACCUCCCCCUAGCCUCUAGCCCCUCCCUAUGAACCUCCCUCUAGCCUCUAGCCCCUCCCUAUGAACCUCCCCCUAGCCUCUAGCCCCUCCCUAUGAACCUCCCCCUAGCCUCUAGCCCCUCCCUAUGAACCUUCCCCUAGCCAUUAGCCCCUCCCUAUGAACCUUCCCCUAGCCAUUAGCCCCUCCCUAUGAAGCUUCCCCUAGCCUCUAGCCCCUCCCUAUGAAGCUUCCCCUAGCCUCUAGCCCCUCCCUAUGAACCUUCCCCUAGCCAUUAGCCCCUCCCUAUGAACCUUCCCCUAGCCAUUAGCCCCUCCCUAUGAACCUCCCCCUAGCCUCUAGCCCCUCCCUAUGAACCUUCCCCUAGCCUCUAGCCCCUCCCUAUGAACCUUCCCCUAGCCUCUAGCCCCUCCCUAUGAACCUCCCCCUAGCCCCUCCCUAUGAACCUCCCCCUAGCCUCUAGCCCCUCCCUAUGAACCUUCCCCUAGCCAUUAGCCCCUCCCUAUGAACCUUCCCCUAGCCUCUAGCCCCUCCCUAUGAACCUCCCCCUAGCCUCUAGCCCCUCCCUAUGAACCUUCCCCUAGCCUCUAGCCCCUCCCUAUGAACCUUCCCCUAGCCAUUAGCCCCUCCCUAUGAACCUUCCCCUAGCCUCUAGCCCCUCCCUAUGAAGCUUCCCCUAGCCUCUAGCCCCUCCCUAUGAACCUCCCCCUAGCCUCUAGCCCCUCCCUAUGAACCUCCCUCUAGCCUCUAGCCCCUCCCUAUGAACCUCCCCCUAGCCUCUAGCCCCUCCCUAUGAACCUCCCCCUAGCCCCUCCCUAUGAACCUCCCCCUAGCCUCUAGCCCCUCCCUAUGAACCUUCCCCUAGCCAUUAGCCCCUCCCUAUGAACCUUCCCCUAGCCUCUAGCCCCUCCCUAUGAACCUCCCCCUAGCCUCUAGCCCCUCCCUAUGAACCUCCCCCUAGCCUCUAGCCCCUCCCUAUGAACCUCCCCCUAGCCUCUAGCCCCUCCCUAUGAACCUUCCCCUAGCCUCUAGCCCCUCCCUAUGAACCUUCCCCUAGCCAUUAGCCCCUCCCUAUGAACCUUCCCCUAGCCUCUAGCCCCUCCCUAUGAAGCUUCCCCUAGCCUCUAGCCCCUCCCUAUGAAGCUUCCCCUAGCCUCUAGCCCCUCCCUAUGAACCUCCCCCUAGCCUCUAGCCCCUCCCUAUGAACCUUCCCCUAGCCAUUAGCCCCUCCCUAUGAACCUUCCCCUAGCCUCUAGCCCCUCCCUAUGAACCUCCCCCUAGCCUCUAGCCCCUCCCUAUGAACCUCCCCCUAGCCUCUAGCCCCUCCCUAUGAACCUCCCCCUAGCCUCUAGCCCCUCCCUAUGAACCUUCCCCUAGCCUCUAGCCCCUCCCUAUGAACCUUCCCCUAGACUCUAGCCCCUCCCUAUGAACCUUCCCCUAGCCUCUAGCCCCUCCCUAUGAACCUUCCCCUAGCCUCUAGCCCCUCCCUCUAUUUCACACAUUAUUUUUGUCUUCCCUCUUUCUAUCUGUUUCCAGAUGAGAUCCUGAAGCCCGGCCUCCAGUCCUGGCACUGCUGCCACAAGCUGAUCUACGUACGACCCAACCCCAAGACUGGUGUGCCCAUCGGACACUGGCCCAUUCCUGAAGCCUUCUGGCCCGACACUAACUCCCCCACACUGGUAAGAGAGCCAGACUGUUUCUUUGUGUGUGUCCCUGUCUCACUCGUGGCUCAUGUCUCUGUCUCAUUCGUGGCUCAUGUCUGUGUGUCUCUGUCUCACUCGUGGCUCAUGUCUCUGUCUCAUUCGUGGCUCAUGUCUGUGUGUCUCUGUCUCACUCGUGGCUCAUGUCUCUGUCUCAUUCGUGGCUCAUGUCUGUGUGUCUCUGUCUCACUCGUGGCUCAUGUCUCUGUGUCUCUGUCUCACUCGUGGCUCAUGUCUGUGUGUCUCUGUCUCACUCGUGGCUCAUGUCUGUGUGAGACUGUCUCACUCGUGGCUCAUGUCUGUGUGAGACUGUCUCACUCGUGGCUCAUGUCUCUGUGUCUCUGUCUCACUCGUGGCUCAUGUCUCUGUGUCUCUGUCUCACUCGUGGCUCAUGUCUGUGCAUGCUGGUGUGUUUCUGUGUUUUCUCUGAUGUCUUGUUCCUGUCCCCGUCUCCCAGCCCCCCCGCUCAGCCCACCCCCACGUACGUUUCUCCUGCCUGGAUGCAGAGCCCAUGGUGAUAGACAAGGUUCCCUUUGACAAGUACGAGCUGGAGCCUUCACCCCUCACACAGUACAUCCUGGAGAGGAAGUCCCCUCACACCUGCUGGCAGGUACACAACGUGACACACUACACACAGUACUACACUACACGCAGUACUACACUACACACAGUACUACACUACACACAGUACUACACUCCACACAGUACUACACUACACACAGUACUACACCUCCACACAGUACUUACACUACACACAGUACUACACUACACACAGUACUACUACACUACACACAGUACUAUACACCUCCACACAGUACUACACUCCACACAGUAUACUCACACUAACACUACACAACAGUACUACACUACCACAAUAACUACACAGUACUAACUCACUACAAGUCUACCAGUACUACACUACACGCAGUACUACACUACACAGUACUACAACAGUACUACACACUACACCCCAGUACUACACUACACACAGUACUACACUACACACAUUACUACACUACAAAAACAAUACUACCACACAGUACUACACUACACACAGUACUACACUACACACAGUACUACACUACACGCAGUACUACACUACACACAGUACUACACUACACAGUACUACACAGUACUACACUACACACAAUAAUACACAGUACUACACUACACACAGUACUACACUCCACACAAUACUACACAGUACUACACUACACACAGUACUACACUCCACACAAUACUACACAGUACUACACUACACACAGUACUACACUACACACAGUACUACACUACACACCGUACUACACAGUACUACACUACACACAGUACUACACUACACACAGUACUACACUACACACAGUACUACACUACACACAGUACUACACAGUACUACACUACACACAUUACUACACUACACACAGUACUACACUACACACAGUACUACACUCCACACAGUACUACACUACACACAGUACUACACUACACACAGUACUACGCUACAGACAGUACUACACUACACGCAGUACUACACUACACACAGUACUACACUACACACAGUACUACACACAGUACUACGCUACAGACAGUACUACACUACACACAGUACUACACACAGUACUACGCUACAGACAGUACUACACUACACGCAGUACUACACUACACACAGUACUACACACAGUACUACACUACACACAGUACUACACUACACACAGUACUACGCUACAGACAGUACUACACUACACGCAGUACUACGCUACAGACAGUACUACGCUACAGACAGUACUACGCUACAGACAGUACUACGCUACAGACAGUACUACGCUACAGACAGUACUACACACUACACUACACACAGUACUACACUACACACAGUACAGUACUACAUACAGUACUACACUACACACAGUACUACACUACACACAAUACUACACAGUACUAUGCUACACACAGCACUACAGUCGUGGUCAAAAGUUUUGAGAAUGACACAAGUAUUUGUCUUCACAAAGUUUGCUGCUUCAGUGUUUUUAGAUAUUUUUGUCAGAUGUUACUAUGGUAUACUGAAGUAUAAUUACAAGCAUUCCAUAAGUGUCAAAGGCUUUUAUUGACAAUUACAUUACAUUUAUGCAGAGAGUCAAUAUUUGCAGUGUUGACCCUUCUUUUUCAAGACCUCUGCAAUCCGCCCCGGCAUGCUGUCAAUUAACUUCUGGGCCACAUCCUGACUGAUGGCAGCCCAUUCUUGCAUUAUCAAUGCUUGGAGUUUGUCAGAAUUUGUGGAUUUUUGUUUGUCCACCCGCCUCUUGAGGAUUGACCACAAGUUCCCAAUGGGAUUAAGGUCUGGGGAGUUUCCUGGCCAUGGACCCAAAAGCCUUCUUCACAACAAUUGAACCUCUCUCCUUGAAGUUAUUGAUGAUCCGAUAAAUGGUUGAUUUAGGUGCAAUAUCCUUGCCUGUGAAGCCCUUUUUGUGCAAAGCAAUGAUGACGGCACAUGUUUCCUUGCAGGUAACCAUGGUUAACAGAGGAACCCAUGAUUUCAAGCACCACCCUCCUUUUAAAGCUUCCAGUCUGUUAUUCUAACUCAAUCAGCAUGACAGAGUGAUCUCCAGCCUUGUCCUCAUCAACACUCUCAACUGUGUUAAAGAGACAAUCACUGAAAUGAUGUCAGCUGGUCCUUUUGUGGCAGGGCUGAAAUGCAGUGGAAAUGUUUAUUUGGGAUUAAGUUCAUUUUCAUGGCAAAGAGGGACUUUGCAAUUAAUUGCAAUUCAUCAGAUCACUCUUCAUAACAUUCUGGAGUAUAUGCAAAUUGCCAUCAUCAACACUGAGGCAGCAAACUUUGUGGAGACCAAAACUUUUGACCACGACUGUACACUACACACAGCACUACGCUACACACAACACUACACACAGUACUACACACGACACACAACACAAGGUGGAGUUGUUUGUCUACUCUCUCACUCCGUUUCCUCUCUCCCUCCUCCCUCCCUCCUCCCUCUCUCCUCCUCUCUCCCUCUCUCCCUCCCUCCCUCCCUCCCUCCUCCCUCUCUCCCUCUCUCCCUCCCUCCCCCUCCCCCUCUCCCUCCCCUCUCUCCCUCCCUCUCCCUCCCUCCCCUCUCCCCUCCUCUCUCCCUCUCUCUCUCCUCCUCUCUCUCCCUCCCUCCUCUCCUCCUCUCUCCUCUCCCUCCUCUCUCCCUCCUCUCGUCCCUCCUCUCUCCCUCCCUCUCUCCCUCCUCCCUCCCCCUCCUCCCUCCCUCCUCUCCCUCCCUCCCUCCCUCUCUCCCUCCCUCCUCUCUCCUCCUUCCUUCCUCUCUCCCUCUCUCCCUCCCUCCUCUCCCUCCCUCUCCCUCUCUCCCUCCCUCCUCUCCUCCCUCCCUCUGCCUCCCUCCCUCCUCCUCCCUCCCUCCCUCCCUCCCUCCCUCUCUCCCUCCAUCCCUCCCUCUCUCCCUCCCUCCCUCCUUCCCUCUCUCCCCGCCCUCUCUCCCUCCGUUUCCUCCUCCCUCUCUCCCUCCCUCCUCUCUCCCUCCUCCCUCUCUCCCUCCCCCUCUCCCUCCCUCCCUCCCCUCGCCCUCCUCCUCCCCUCCUCCCUCCCCUCUCCCUCCCUCUCUCUCCCUCCUCCUCCCCUCCUCCCUCCCUCUCUCCCCCUCCCUCUCUCCCUCCCUCCUCCCUCCCUCUCCCUCCUCUCUCCCUCUCUCUCCCUCCCCCUCCCUCCCUCCCUCCCUCCCUCCCUCCCUCUCUCCCUCCCUUGCAUCCUCUAGGUGUAUGUAAGUAACAGUGCCAAGUACAGUGACCUGGGCCAGCCCUUUGGCUACCUGAAGGCCAGCACGGCUCUCAACUGUGUCAACCUGUUCGUCAUGCCCUACAACUACCCUGUUGUACUGCCUCUACUGGGUAAUAAUUUGCUUGUUUUUAUAGGCUGAAUCAGGUUAGUUACAACAGGGUUGGAGAGCCCAGGGCCCAGUUUCCCCGAUAGCGAUGGAACUUAGGGUUACGACCGUUUUUUUUUAACGAUGCAUCGUUCCUACAGCAGUCUUAAGACGUAACAUGCGUUUCCCCAAACACCACGCAGAGAGAACGGUCGCUAAGUGCAUCGUUGAGGCGUGCGUCGAUACUCAUAGGAUUGAAAGAAAGUCAGCGCUGCUCUCGGAUCAGCUUUCUCCAUUCCAAAUCUUACCUUUUACAAUAGUCCACAACACUGAUGACGGAUCAGCUCCUAGAGAGAUAUGGUCGCCUAUGACUGCAAAUAUUGAGUUUUAUUCUAAUGCCCAUUAAUAACGCAGUAAAUCACAGAUGUGGCACAUUAUUGUGCACAUGUUGUUACACAUCAUGAAAUAUAUUGAGGCAAACAUUUCUGACAGUCUACAAUUGGCUAAAUAAAACUAAAUUUUAUGCACAUGAAAUUGAUUUAAAUGUUAUUUAAAUAUAUAUGUUGGCUCUAUUGCAUGCAGUCAUCUCGCUUUUCAUUAUAAUAAUAUUUUAAUCGUUCGCUUGUUUGUAACAAUUGCAAAAACGUAACUUUGUAUUUGUAUUGAACUUCGUUCUGAAGUUAUCGUUGGUCACAGAGAGACCGAUGAACGUCUUUGUGUGUUUAGCGCAGAUCUUAUUUAUAUAAAGUGACGCGGCAAAAAAAAGCAUCUAACGACGCACUUGGCUGUUUCUACGAUCUGAGGCAAUCAGUAAAUAACGAGCGUUUUCAAGUGCAACUUUAGAAAAAACGAUGGUUUUGGGAAACAGCUCGGAGAUUUAACGAUGCUCCUACUAAGGUUCUAAUGAUGAAAGCCUUUAGAUGCUUUAGGGAAACUGGGCCCUGUCCUAGGGUCUAGAAAUACAUCCCUGUCCCCUAAUGUAGUGCACCACGUUGCCCCACCAAGCCAGCAGAGGGCAGUGGUGGUUAUGAUACCAUAUACUUUAUUGUACAUUUACAUGGAAAUUCAUUUUGUGACGCCGGCAUACAAAUACCCCAAAAUAAUACAUUAUAAUACACUCAAUAUGGAAAACACUGGUAAUAUGAUCAUUAAUGCAAGUAUAAUUAUUGUCUCUGGCCCAGGUGGUCACUCUCUAACCCUCUAAAGCCUGCUGUUUGUUGUUGCAGAUGACUUGAUCCGGGUGCACAAGUUCAAGCCCACCAUUAAAUGGCGUCAGUCCUUUGAGAACUACCUGAAGACCAUGCCUCCGUAUUACAUUGGGGUAAGUAAACCACUCAAUCCCAAAUCAGCCCCUUUGGCCCUCCAGUUACGUGUUCACGCUCGCCUGCGCCAUUUGCACAAGUCUCCCAAAGCUGAGGGAGUGAAAAUUAUGGAUGGUGUAGGGGCUAAUUCAGAGGUUCCCAAACAAGGUCUCCUGAUAUGAAAAUGGGGUCAUGGGAGAAUUUCCAAAAUCCUGAAGAAAAAAAAAAAAUAUAUAUAUAUAUAUACAUUUGGAAAGUAUUCAGACCCCUUGACUUUUUCCACAUUUUGUUACGUUACAGCCUUGUUCUAAAAUUUAUUAAAUUAAUGUUUUCUCUCAUCAAUCUACACACAAUACCCCAGAAUGACAAACAGGUUUUUAGACAUUUUUGCAAAUGUAUAUAAAAUAAUUUUUAAAAAAAAGAUACCUUAUUUACAUAAGUAUUCAGACCCUUUGCUAUGAGACUCGAAAUUGAGCUCAGGUGCAUCCUGUUUCCAUUGAUCAUCCUUAAGAUGUUUCUAGAACUUGAUUGGGGUCCACCUGUGGUAAAUUCAAUUGAUUGGACAUGAUUUGGAAAGGCACACACCUGUUUAUAUAAGGUCACACAGUUGAUAGCGCAUGUCAGAGCAAAAACCAAGCCAUGAGGUCGAAAUAAUUGUCCGUAGAGCUCCGAGACAGGAUUGUGUCGAGGCACAGAUCUGGGGAAAGGUACUAAAACAUUUCUGCAGCAUUGAAUGCACAGUGGCCUCCAUCAUUCUUAAAUGGAAGAAGUUUGGAACCACCAAGACUCUUCCUAGAGCUGGCUGCCCGGCCAAACUGAGCAAUCGGGGGAGAAGGGCCUUGGUCAGGGAUGUGACCAAGAACCCGAUGGUCACUCUGACAGAGUUCCAGAGUUCCUCUGUGGAGAUGGGAGAACCUUCCAGAAGGACAACCAUCUCUGCAGCACUCCACCAAUCAGGCCUUUAUGGUGGAGUGGCCAGACGGAAGCCACUCCUCAGUAAAAGGCACAUGACAGCCCGCUUGGAGUUUGCCAAAAGGCACCUAAAGGACUGUCGGACCAUGAGAAACAAGAUUCUCUGGUCUGAUGAAACCAAGAUUGAACUCUUUGGCCUGAAUGCCAAGCAUCACGUCUGGAGGAAACCAGGCACCAUCCUUACGGUGAAUCAUGGUGGUGGCAGCAUCAUGCUGUGGGGAUGUUUUUCAGUGGCAGGGACUGGGAGACUAGUCCCUACAACCUGAUUUUGGACAAAAUUACCUGGAAGGAUUCCUACAGCCAAAUAUUCUUAUUUCCAAGGUCCAACAAAAUAAGCACAAGAAACCUGAAAACAGAGGUGUCAAAGCCCAUGAGCCCAUCAAUGCAGAGGCCUUUGAAGCCUCAUGACUCCUGCGUGCUUUGUUGACUAUGAACUUGCUUGUUUACCUUGACCGUGGGACAGACUGUUUGUUCCCACACUUGGGACUCUGACUCUCUAUUAGUUACAGACUCUUGGCCUCCCAUCCUAUUCUAACCACCUCUCGCUGGCUUUGUAUUCAUGUUACCUGAUGAAUUUGCUGUACAAUAUGAUCUUGUUGCCAUUUGAUGCACAUUCAAAUGUCAUAAAAAAUCAACACUGCAGAGCUCUCCCUGUCCUCUGCCCUGAUUUGUAUUACUGCUGAUGAUAUCUGGAAAUGUGUAUGUACACCCUGGCCCAUCUACUGUUUCUAGCCCCAUUUCUGACUUGUGCUCUGAUAUCUGCUUCACUGAUUUCUGCUCUCGUAAAAGCCUGGGUUUUCUGCACGUUAACACUAGAAGCUUAUUACCUCAAAUGGAUCAAUUGAAAGUGUGGGUUCACAGCUCUAAUCCAGAUGUGUUGGUCAUUACUGAGACGUGGUUAAGAAAGAGUGUUUUGAACACUGAUCACGGGAAGACAGAUAUUCCAAAGGUGGUGGAGUGGCAGUCUUUACGAAGGAACACCUUCAGUGCUCGGUUAUCUCCACCAAGUCUGUCCCCAAACAAUCUGAUUUGCUGUUUUUAAGCAUAAAACUUUCAAAUAGCUCUUUGUUGACUGUUGCUGGGUGUUAUCGUCCACCAUCAGCACCGGGCCUGUACCCUAAAUGCCCUAAGCCUUCUCCUGGCCCCUUACACUAAGUCUGAAUUUGUCCUGCUAGGUGACCUAAACUGGGACAUGCUUAAACCACCUGACCAAGUCCUAAAGCAAUGGGACUCCCUAAAUCUUUCUCAGAUUAUUACCAAUCCCACAAGGUAUGACUCCAAACACCCAGAAAAGGCUACUAUCCUUGAUGUUAUCCUCACACAUAAUCCUGAUGGGUAUCAGUCUGGUGUUUUCUGUAAUGACCUUAGUGAUCACUGUUUUACAGCCUGUGUUCGUAAUGGCUGCUCAGUGAAACGACCUGUCCUGAUUUGUCAAAGACGCUUGCUAAAAAACUUGAAUGAGCAGGCCUUCCUUCAUGACCUGGCCUCUGUAAAUUGGUAUAGAAUCAGCUUGAUCCCCUCUGUCGAAGACACUUGGACCUUCUUUUUUGAUAUUUUUAGUGGUAUUGUUAACAAACGCCCCCAUAAAGAAAAUUAUAAUUAAAAACAGGUUCAGCCCCUGGUUCGACCUUGAUCUGGCAGAGUUACUCCACCUCAAGAAUUCAAUUUGGUGAAAGGCUCAGCACAACUCCUGAGUGGCGCAGUGGUCUAAGGCACUGCAUCGCGGUGCUAACUGUGCCACUAGAGAUCCUGGUUCGAAUCCAGGCUCUGUCGCAGCCGGCCGCGACCGGGAGACUCAUGGGCGGCGCACAAUUGGCCCAGCGUCGUCCAGGGAAGGGGAGGGAAUGGCCGGCAGGGAUGUAGCUCAGUUGAUAGAGCAUGGCGUUUGCAACGCCAGGGUUGUGGGUUCGAUUCCCACGGGGGGCCAGUAUGAAAAAUAAAAAAAUUAUGUAUGCGCUCACUAACUGUAAGUCGCUCUGGAUAAGAGCGUCUGCUAAAUGACUAAAAUGUAAAUGUAAACAACACAUGACAACACAGCAUGGUAGCAACACAACAUGGCUGCCGUGGAGUCAUAUCCACCGUUAGGUACUAACAUGGCUGCCGUGGAGUCAUAUCCACCGUUAGGUACUAACAUGGCUGCCGUGGAGUCAUAUCCACCGUUGGGUACUAACAUGGCUGCCGUGGAGUCAUAUCCACCGUUGGGUACUAACAUGGCUGCCGUGGAGUCAUAUCCACCGUUAGGUACUAACAUGGCUGCCGUGGAGUCAUAUCCACCGUUAGGUACUAACAUGGCUGCUGUGGAGUCAUAUCCACCGUUAGGUACUAACAUGGCUGCCGUGGAGUCAUAUCCACCGUUAGGUACUAACAUGGCUGCCGUGGAGUCAUAUCCACCGUUAGGUACUAACAUGGCUGCCGUGGAGUCAUAUCCACCGUUAGGUACUAACAUGGCUGCCGUGGAGUCAUAUCCACCGUUAGGUACUAACAUGGCUGCCGUGGAGUCAUAUCCACCGUUAGGUACUAACAUGGCUGCUGUGGAGUCAUAUCCACCGUUAGGUACUAACAUGGCUGCCGUGGAGUCAUAUCCACCGUUAGGUACUAACAUGGCUGCUGUGGAGUCAUAUCCACCGUUAGGUACUAACAUGGCUGCUGUGGAGUCAUAUCCACCGUUAGGUACUAACAUGGCUGCCGUGGAGUCAUAUCCACCGUUAGGUACUAACAUGGCUGCCGUGGAGUCAUAUCCACCGUUGGGUACUAACAUGGCUGCCGUGGAGUCAUAUCCACCGUUAGGUACUAACAUGGCUGCCGUGGAGUCAUAUCCACCGUUGGGUACUAACAUGGCUGCCGUGGAGUCAUAUCCACCGUUAGGUACUAACAUGGCUGCCGUGGAGUCAUAUCCACCGUUAGGUACUAACAUGGCUGCCGUGGAGUCAUAUCCACCGUUAGGUACUAACAUGGCUGCCGUGGAGUCAUAUCCACCGUUAGGUACUAACAUGGCUGCCGUGGAGUCAUAUCCACCGUUAGGUACUAACAUGGCUGCUGUGGAGUCAUAUCCACCGUUAGGUACUAACAUGGCUGCCGUGGAGUCAUAUCCACCGUUAGGUACUAACAUGGCUGCCGUGGAGUCAUAUCCACCGUUAGGUACUAACAUGGCUGCCGUGGAGUCAUAUCCACCGUUAGGUACUAACAUGGCUGCCGUGGAGUCAUAUCCACCGUUAGGUACUAACAUGGCUGCUGUGGAGUCAUAUCCACCGUUAGGUACUAACAUGGCUGCCGUGGAGUCAUAUCCACCGUUGGGUACUAACAUGGCUGCCGUGGAGUCAUAUCCACCGUUAGGUACUAACAUGGCUGCCGUGGAGUCAUAUCCACCGUUAGGUACUAACAUGGCUGCCGUGGAGUCAUAUCCACCGUUAGGUACUAACAUGGCUGCCGUGGAGUCAUAUCCACCGUUAGGUACUAACAUGGCUGCCGUGGAGUCAUAUCCACCGUUAGGUACUAACAUGGCUGCUGUGGAGUCAUAUCCACCGUUAGGUACUAACAUGGCUGCCGUGGAGUCAUAUCCACCGUUGGGUACUAACAUGGCUGCCGUGGAGUCAUAUCCACCGUUAGGUACUAACAUGGCUGCCGUGGAGUCAUAUCCACCGUUAGGUACUAACAUGGCUGCUGUGGAGUCAUAUCCACCGUUAGGUACUAACAUGGCUGCUGUGGAGUCAUAUCCACCGUUAGAUACUAACAUGGCUGCCGUGGAGUCAUAUCCACCGUUAGGUACUAACAUGGCUGCUGUGGAGUCAUAUCCACCGUUAGGUACUAACAUGGCUGCCGUGGAGUCAUAUCCACCGUUAGGUACUAACAUGGCUGCUGUGGAGUCAUAUCCACCGUUAGGUACUAACAUGGCUGCUGUGGAGUCAUAUCCACCGUUAGGUACUAACAUGGCUGCCGUGGAGUCAUAUCCACCGUUAGGUACUAACAUGGCUGCUGUGGAGUCAUAUCCACCGUUGGGUACUAACAUGGCUGCCGUGGAGUUAGGUGACAUCGUUAUGUAUUCUGGUUGCGAUGUGUGGUCUUGAUGAUGCCUUCUCUCCUCUUCUGCAGUCCCUCCGGAAGGCGCUAAGGAUCAUGGGAGCUCCCAACCUCCUGGCUGACAACAUGGAGUAUGGUCUGAGUUACAGUGUAGUGUCCUACCUCAAGAAGCUCAGCCAGCAGGUACGCUGUCUGUCUAUGGUUGUGUGUGUGUGUGUGUGUGUGUGUUUUAUGGUUGGUGAGUGCAUACUCUCUUGGUUUCCUUUCACUCCUUCCAUAACCAUCAUGUAUUUUCUCCUCAGACCAAGAUCGAAUACGAGCGGCUGAUAGCGUCUGUAGCUAAGAAGGUGGUAGCGGAGGGUGGCAUCAAGGUGCGUGCCCGCGGUGGGGACAUCUCCCUGGCCCAGCGCAGAGACUUCACCCAGCUUCUGGCCAGCAUCACAGGAGAGACGCCCGCCCUUCCCCUGGAGCUCAACCCUAAAGAGUUCUCUGGCUUUCAGCUGGCGCCGCUCAACAAGGUCAGCAGCACUGAUCAACAGCCCUUGCCUGUAAUGCUUGAGGAUGAAGACGUCAUGUUAUCUCUAGAGAUGUUCACAUAGAGAACAGCCGUGAUUCUCUGUCUUGUAGUAUAAAGUGGAUCAGAUGUAUACAUUACUAUUAUAUAUUUAUAUGUAUAUGUGUGUAAUAAUGUUGCACAGUAUACCGGUACCAAGGUAAUACGGCAGUACCAAAACUUUAUGAUACCAACAUUUUAGAAAACCGUAAAUACCGUUUCAUAUGAUACUACCCCAAUGUGUUGCCUUACUGAUCUGCUGUGACAAUACUAGCUCUCCCUCGCUGUUCCCUGUGUAGAGUCUGAAACCUCAGGGUUUCAGGAACGCCUACGACAUACCCAGAAUGCACCUGCUGGAUCAGCUGAGCCGCAUGAGGAGGAACCUGCUCAGCACCAGCUGUCUGCUCCGAGGACAGGACACAGGUGUGUGUGUGUGUGUGCGAUUUAGUUCCUGAAUGAACUGUAAUUUGCAUUGAAUUAGUCUCGCUACCAGUUUUGUUAAGGAAGAGACUAAGACUGAAUUUGAGCCCAAGCCUUCCUCUCUACCCCCGUCUGUCCAGACCAGCUCCACAGCGUGCCCAUCGCCCAGAUGGGCAACUACCAGGACUUCCUCAAGGCCCUUCCCCAACCCCUCAGAGACGCAGACCCUGAGCAACCCAAACGCCUGCACACCUUCGGAAACCCUUUCAAACUGGACAAGAAGGUAGGACCUGCCUCUCCCCGUGUACCUCUCACUACCAAUUCUCCUCCACUUAGGAGUGUUAGUGUCUGAAAUCAGCCGGUCAGAAACCUCACAAAGUCCUAUUUGUUUUGAUAACAGACGUAAUUGGUUGCACCAUGUUAUGAAUCGACACAUUUCUGGACAAAUGUCAGUUGUUCGCUGUGACAAUGGACAGUAAAGUUGUAAUAGUGCGUUUGUUCAUCCUGUCUUCUCUUGCUGUUUUUCUCUAGGGGAUGAUGAUUGACGAGGCGGAUGAGUUUGUGACGGGUCCCCAGAACAAGGGCAAGCGCCCGGGGAGUGACACCAACAUGCACGGGAUCGGAGGCGGGGGUCCUAAGAGACGGAGGUGCAUGUCCCCCCUACUGCGCCCCGGCAGGACCUAUACACCCCCCGUCAGCCCUGCAGCCAGCCCCUCCAGAUCCCCCCUCACUGGUGAGACACACACAUUGUUGUCAGUGCACCUGUGUGUUAACACAAAUGUGUGAAGCGCUGAGCCUGUGAAAGAAAGUGACGGUAUUUUAGUUCCAUAGAUGUUAGUUAUGAAUGACUGUCCCUGACCCCCCUUCACAGAGAGCGACCACACUGAGUCAGACUCAGAGGCCGUGUUUGGGAACCUCUACAGCCCUGAGGGGUGCGAGACCGGGACAGCAGCCCAACCAGGACCAGGAGAGAUCCUCUCUGGACCCCUUCUAGACGGCCCCGGACCAGGGAACCACAUGGAGGAUGAUGGUGAUGGGGACACUGAGGAGGAGAACGGGCUUCCCAGAGAGGUGGAGCUCUCAGAGGGCAGUGAGGACGGAGGAGAGACUGGGGGUGUGGAGGAGGAGCGUCUGCCCAGGUACCCCUCCCCCGGGGAGCUGAAGAAAGUGAUGAACAGCGAGAGUCUGGAGGUCAACACCGAACUACGAGCCCUCAUCACCAAGGAGAUACGGAAACCAGGGAGACGUACGUAACCAGGGGCCGCCACGCCCACACUCUGCCACGGCAACCAGAGAAAGUCGCCUAACUUAAAUUGAAUUGUUAUUUUAUGGUGAAAGUGUUUGUACUGGUCUAGAUCCAGAUAUUUAUAGAGACUGGCUGUGUAAUCUGUGGCCUGUAUGUCUAGAGCAGUGUUUCCUAACCCUGGUCCUCCAGUACCCCCAACCCUGGACCUCCAGUAUCCCCAACCCUGGACCUCCAGUAUCCCCAACAGUACACAUUUUUAUUGUAACCCUGGACAAGCACACCUGAUUCAACUUGUCAACUAAUCAUCAAGCCCUCAAUGAGUUGAAUGAGGUUUGUUUGUCCAGGGCUACAACAAAAAUGUGUACUGUUGGGGAUAUUGGAGGACCAGGGUUGGGGGUACUGGAGGACCAGGGUUGGGGGUACUGGAGGACCAGGGUUGGGGGUACUGGAGGACCAGGGUUGGGGGUACUGGAGGACCAGGGUUGGGGGUACUGGAGGACCAGGGUUGGGGGUACUGGAGGACCAGGGUUGGGGGGUACUGGAGGACCAGGGUUGGGGGGUACUGGAGGACCAGGGUUGGGGGGUACUGGAGGUCCAGGGUUGGGGGUACUGGAGGACCAGGGUUGGGGGGUACUGGAGGACCAGGGUUGGGGGGUACUGGAGGACCAGGGUUGGGGGUACUGGAGGACCAGGGUUGGGGGUACUGGAGAACCAGGGUUGGGGGGUACUGGAGGACCAGGGUUGGGGGGUACUGGAGGACCAGGGUUGGGGGGUACUGGAGGACCAGGGUUGGGGGGUACUGGAGGACCAGGGUUGGGGGGUACUGGAGGACCAGGGUUGGGGGGUACUGGAGGACCAGGGUUGGGGGUACUGGAGGUCCAGGGUUGGGGGUACUGGAGGACCAGGGUUGGGGGGUACUGGAGGACCAGGGUUGGGGGUACUGGAGGUCCAGGGUUGGGAAACACUGCUCUAGAAGACUGUGUGAUAGUAGUCAUUAAUCUGUGGCCUGUAUGUAUAGAGACUGGCUGUUUGAUCGUAGUCAUUCACUUCACUAACUUUCUCCUUAGACCUAGUCUCAUAGCCUACUGUUGAUGUCUCGUCUGAAAUUCCCGAAUGGAAAGUUGUCUAGUUUCAUCAGCAGCUAUCACUCUGCUUCACGCUUCCCUUUUCUCUCUUGUUUUUAUAGACUAUGAAAAAAUCUUCCAUUUCCUGAAGCAGAUCCAAGGAAGCUUUGACACACGGUUGAUAUUCCUCCAGAACAUUAUAAAAGAGGCUGCAAGGUGAGGAACACGGUUGAUAUUCCUCCAGAACAUUUAUAAAAGAGGCUGAAAGGUGAGGAACACGGUUGAUAUUCCUCCAGAACAUUUAUAAAAGAGGCUGAAAGGUGAGGAACACGGUUGAUAUUCCUCCAGAACAUUUAUAAAAGAGGCUGAAAGGUGAGGAACACGGUUGAUAUUCCUCCAGAACAUUUAUAAAAGAGGCUGCAAGGUGAGGAACACAACCCCCUCCAGUACCAGCUUCUAAACAGACUGAGUCAAACUAAAACAUGAUCAGCUUGGAACUCUUUGUAUUCCUGUCUGGCUGUUUUUAACCCAUCAGUCUAAGCCCUGUCUAAACCAGGGGAGGGGAGGGGGGGGGGGGGGGGGGGGGGUCUACUAAGCUAUAUGGAAUUGUUUUACGAAGGUCAUACCAAAUGAUCAUUUAGCUAUUUUAUUUUUAAUUUUAUGACCCCUUGAAGUAUCAAAAAUAUAUAUUGAAAAAGUAUUAUAAUUUUUCUUUUUGUAAAAAUUUAAAUGUAAAUAUUUGAUAAAAUCAUUUUUGCCGUUACUGCUAUUAGCCCAUAUAAACGCAUUGAAUAACAGAUUCACUACAUGGAUCAACAGAUAUUCCCAAAACCAUAUCAAAAGGAAGUUUGUUCUGAAGUGUGUCUCCUAUAUCUGAGAGAGAUAAGAAAGAUCAGGAAACAUUAUUAUUAUUAUUAUUGAUUUUUUUACAUGUAUUUAAUAUUCAACAAACUUUACCUAGCUAGAUCUCUCACUUUAAAUGACACAUUUGCUGAAAUAUCCUGAACUCCACUACAUUAUUUAAACCUCCUCUGUAGGCUCUGUUUAGUUUCUCUCUCUUGAUGUUCAACUAGACGCUUCGUUCUGUAUAUCUGUGUUCUGUGUCUUUACCAGUGACCAUGUUCUAUUUCUGUAUCAGUGACUGUUUUCUUUUCUGUUCUGUACAGGUUUAAGAAGCGGGUGCUGAUAGAACAGCUGGAGAACUUUCUAGAAGAGAUCCACAACAGGGCCAACAAUAUGAACCACCUGGACGGGUUCUAAUGGACACGUCUACCCCUUCACCCCCCGACCCUUCACCCCACUCCACCCCCCUCAGCCCUCACACCUCCCUCACACCUCCACCCCCCUCAGCCCUCACACCUCCACCUCCCUCAGCCCUCACACCUCCCUCAGCCCUCACACCUCCCUCAGCCCUCACACCUCCCUCAGCCCUCACACCUCCCUCAGCCCUCACACCUCCGCCCCCUCAGCCCUCACCCCUUUACCCCCUCAGCCCUCAACCUGCAGCCCUUACCAAGGCUGA